AUGGAGGAGAGCGAAGUUUCUCAUUCCCCGAUCCCAUUGACUUUAUCUGUUCCGCUAACUUCUCCAAAGCCCUCCACGCCACCGCACUCCAACAGUGAAAUAGUCCCAUCAGACCCAACAAGACCCAUUUCAACGCAUGGGACAAUGAGUUGGGUCAAUUUGGCGAUGGUUGUCUAUUUUUCAAUAGGAGGCGGUCCUUUUGGGUUUGAGGAGUCGAUAUUAGUGUCGAACCCUGCGUGGGCGUUAUGGUCGUUAUUAGUCGUUGCAUUACUAUGGGCUCUUCCACAGUCAAUGACAAUGGCAGAAUUAUCAGUGAGAUAUGAAGGAGGGUAUAACGAGUGGGUGUUCAAGGCUUUUGGGUUUCAUGUUGGACUCUUCCACUCGAUUGUUCGAACGGUGUUUAACGUUGCGUGUAAUGCAGGGUACAUCGCAUUGUAUUACGACUACAUUAAUUCGAUAUACCAUCAAACACUCUUUUUUGAUUACGAGGAUGUUUCGAUGACCUAUUUCUUACUCAAAAUCCCAACAAUUGUGAUGUUUUUGUGUUUGUUAGUCACGGUCAAUGUUAUUGGUGCAAAACAGUUAUCGACUGUUGGUAUCUUCCUCACAGUCGGUGUGAUCCUUCCAUUCAUCGUGUGUUUUUUCAUAGCAACGCCGCACUUGGAUUUGAGUCAAUUAGUCAAUUUUACAGUCGUUUCUGAAGAUUCGUCAUUUCCUAAAUUGGUCUCUAUCAUCAUGUUUAACUUGAUGGGGUGGGACUUCGUCGGGAACGUCUCGUCGCAAGCAAAAAAGCCAAAACGGGAUGUACCGGUUGCCAUGGUUGUUGCGUUGGUCUUAGUUGUGUUGACAUACACUGUCCCAACAAUGGACUUAGUCACCACUUUAGAUUUCACGCAACCGCCAAGCGUACCAGGCUCUCCAUAUUCUUCAUUAGAACCGUUAUACUCUUCAAUGGCAAAAAAGCUGUGGAAACCAUUAUCUUAUGUCAUUACCGUCGCCACAAUUUUGGGUGUUUUUGGACUUGCUUCUAUGUUCCUUCAAACCAGCUCACAAGCCCUUUCUCAUGCAACACAAUUCAACUUUUUACCUCGAGUAUUCUCAUUAACGUUUGCGGGGACGAACACUCCAUACUUCGCAAUUUUGUUUCAAACUGUCUUUGCAGGGUUUAUCUCAAUUUUCGUGACAUUCAAUCAAAUUGUGUCGGUGCAAAUGUGGUUCUUGUCCGUCUCAACUCUUUUUAUUAUGGUCGCUUACCUCGCAAUCAGAUGGAAGGCUUACUUGAAAAAGCGUGACGUCGAGGCACUCUUUUAUUUGCCAUUUCAUCCAGUCUUACUGACUCUCUUCGUGACACCCACUAUUUUACUCUCCAUAUUUCAGUUGUUGUAUAAAGUUGGUGAGUGGUAUGUCAUUGCAAUUGGUGCAGCCACAUUGGUUGUCUGUGAGGGCAUUACACUUGUUGUUGUUUAUUGUCAGAAGAGAAAUUCGACAAUCGUUACAAUAGGAGACUCGCCAUCGCCAAUCCCAACUUUUACAGAUAUUGGCGUCAUAUCCCCCAAACCACAGGCUGAAAUUAACUGA